CUGAUGCAGGAUGGCUGAGUGCACAGGAGCCCGGGAGGUCUGAGCCGGGCGAGGCUCGCUCCCUGCUCAUCGCCUGGUCCGCCCCGCCGCGUGGUCGCGGGCGGGUGGGCCCGGGGUGCAGGACAGGGGCAGGGCAGGGCAGUUUUGUAGCGGGCGGCGCCGAGGGCUGGUAGGCUGCCCACCUUUCCCGGCUCGGAGCGACCGCAGCUCCCCAGCUGCCGGAGUUCGCGAUGACCUGCUGAGAAGCGGCGUCGGAGGCUGCAGGAGGCGGCCUCGCUGCGGGCGGUGCGGUCCGCGGCCUCCUCCCUUGUAGUGCGGAGCCCAGGACCCCAACCCAUUCCCUCGCCCCCUCCACGUCGUUGGGCGAGAUGGCGGAUCCAGCCGAAUGCAGCAUCAAAGUGAUGUGCCGGUUUCGGCCCCUGAACGAGGCGGAGAUCCUCCGUGGGGACAAAUUCAUUCCCAAAUUUAAAGGCGAUGAAACCGUGGUGAUCGGGCAAGGGAAGCCAUAUGUCUUCGACAGAGUGCUACCUCCUAACACGACCCAAGAGCAGGUUUACAAUGCGUGUGCAAAGCAAAUUGUCAAAGAUGUCCUUGAGGGUUACAAUGGGACAAUUUUUGCAUAUGGACAGACUUCAUCAGGAAAAACUCACACCAUGGAGGGGAAGCUGCAUGACCCUCAACUUAUGGGAAUUAUCCCAAGGAUCGCGCAUGACAUCUUUGAUCAUAUCUAUUCUAUGGAUGAAAACCUGGAAUUUCAUAUCAAGGUUUCCUAUUUUGAGAUCUACUUGGACAAAAUAAGGGACUUACUCGAUGUGUCCAAGACAAACUUGGCUGUUCAUGAAGAUAAAAACAGAGUCCCAUAUGUUAAGGGGUGCACUGAACGGUUUGUGUCAAGCCCCGAAGAGGUCAUGGAUGUUAUAGAUGAAGGAAAAGCAAACCGACACGUAGCCGUAACAAACAUGAAUGAACACAGCUCUAGAAGUCACAGUAUCUUCCUGAUUAAUAUUAAACAAGAGAAUGUAGAGACUGAAAAAAAACUCAGUGGGAAGCUUUAUCUGGUUGAUUUGGCUGGGAGCGAAAAGGUCAGCAAAACUGGUGCUGAGGGAGCUGUUCUCGAUGAAGCUAAAAAUAUCAAUAAGUCUUUGUCUGCUCUUGGAAAUGUGAUCUCUGCCUUGGCAGAAGGGACAAAAACACACGUACCGUACCGGGACAGUAAGAUGACUCGGAUUCUUCAGGACUCGCUGGGUGGAAACUGUCGAACCACCAUUGUCAUUUGCUGUUCUCCUUCUGUCUUCAAUGAGGCUGAGACCAAGUCCACGCUUAUGUUUGGACAAAGAGCAAAGACCAUCAAGAAUACAGUCUCGGUGAACUUGGAACUGACAGCAGAGGAAUGGAAGAAGAAAUAUGAAAAAGAGAAAGAAAAAAACAAGACUUUGAAAAAUGUUAUCCAGCAUCUGGAGAUGGAGCUCAACAGAUGGAGAAAUGGAGAAGCUGUGCCUGAGGAUGAGCAGAUCAGUGCUAAGGAUCAGAAGAACCUGGAGCCCUGUGAUAACACUCCUAUCAUAGACAAUAUUGCUCCUGUUGUUGCUGGCAUCUCCACAGAGGAGAAGGAGAAGUACGAUGAGGAGAUCUCCAGUCUCUACCGACAACUGGAUGAUAAGGAUGAUGAAAUUAACCAGCAGAGCCAGCUGGCUGAAAAGCUAAAGCAACAGAUGUUGGAUCAGGAUGAGCUUUUGGCUUCCACAAGAAGAGACUAUGAGAAAAUCCAGGAGGAGCUGACACGUCUCCAGAUUGAAAAUGAGGCAGCCAAAGAUGAGGUGAAAGAAGUCCUCCAGGCCCUGGAAGAGCUGGCUGUCAAUUAUGACCAGAAGUCACAGGAAGUAGAGGACAAGACCAGGGCCAAUGAGCAGCUGACGGAUGAACUGGCCCAGAAAACGACGACGUUGACAACCACACAGAGAGAGCUGAGCCAGCUGCAAGAGCUUAGCAACCACCAGAAAAAGAGGGCUACUGAAAUCCUGAAUUUGCUGCUGAAGGAUCUGGGGGAGAUUGGAGGAAUUAUUGGCACCAACGAUGUGAAGACCUUGGCAGAUGUGAAUGGAGUCAUUGAAGAGGAGUUCACCAUGGCCCGCCUAUACAUCAGCAAGAUGAAGUCGGAGGUCAAGUCCCUGGUGAACCGUAGCAAACAGCUCGAGAGUGCCCAGAUGGACUCCAACAGGAAGAUGAAUGCCAGCGAGCGGGAGCUGGCAGCCUGCCAGCUGCUCAUCUCCCAGCAUGAAGCAAAGAUCAAAUCUUUGACAGACUACAUGCAAAACAUGGAGCAGAAGAGGAGGCAGUUGGAAGAGUCCCAGGACUCACUCAGUGAAGAGCUGGCUAAGCUUCGAGCCCAAGAAAAAAUGCAUGAAGUCAGCUUCCAGGAUAAGGAAAAGGAACACCUGACACGGCUGCAGGAUGCCGAGGAGAUGAAGAAGGCUCUGGAGCAGCAGAUGGAGAGCCACCGGGAAGCUCACCAGAAGCAGCUGUCCAGACUUCGAGACGAGAUCGAGGAGAAGCAGAAAAUCAUUGAUGAGAUUCGGGAUUUGAAUCAGAAACUGCAACUGGAACAAGAGAAGCUCAGUUCUGAUUAUAACAAGCUGAAGAUAGAGGACCAAGAGAGAGAGAUGAAACUGGAAAAGCUCUUAUUGCUCAAUGAUAAGAGGGAGCAAGCCCGAGAGGACCUGAAAGGGCUGGAGGAGACAGUGUCUAGAGAACUGCAGACACUUCAUAACCUUCGCAAACUCUUCGUCCAGGAUCUGACCACCAGAGUUAAAAAAAGUGUAGAGCUGGACAGUGAUGAUGGAGGGGGCAGUGCUGCCCAGAAGCAGAAAAUUUCCUUCCUGGAGAAUAACCUGGAGCAGCUCACUAAAGUUCACAAACAGCUGGUCCGGGAUAAUGCUGAUUUGCGCUGUGAGUUGCCCAAGCUGGAGAAGAGACUCCGUGCGACGGCAGAGCGCGUCAAGGCCCUGGAGAGUGCACUGAAGGAAGCCAAGGAGAACGCCAUGCGGGACCGAAAGCGGUACCAGCAAGAGGUGGACCGCAUCAAGGAGGCCGUGCGAGCCAAAAACAUGGCCAGGAGGGCCCAUUCAGCCCAGAUCGCCAAGCCCAUCCGCCCAGGACACUACCCAGCAUCAUCUCCAACGGCUGUCCACGCCAUCCGAGGGGGAGGAGGCAGCUCGUCAAACUCCACUCACUAUCAGAAAUAA